AUGACCUACCAAGACCCUGUGAGUCUGAGCUGCCGGCACAGCUUCUGCCGCUGCUGUCUGAAGGCAGCCUGGGAGCAGGGGAAGAAGCGGCAGUGCUCCGUCUGUAAACGCAAGUCCUCCAAUGAGAUUAAUCAGCCCGACCUGAAGCUGGCCAACAUCGUGGAGGCUUUCCUGCAGAAGGAAGGAGCGAAGGGAGGGGGCGAGGGUCACGCAGAGGGUCCCGGAGUGUGUGUGACCCAUAGGAAGAAGCUCAAGGGGUUCUGUGGGGAGUGCGAGGUGCUUCUGUGUGCAGUGUGUGUGGAGGCGCAUUCCAAGCACACUCACCAGACAAUUGAAGUGGCUGCAGAAGUGUGUAAGAGUAAACUCGAUUCGCUGCUGAAAGCUCUUGGCGCUCGGGCAGACUUGAAUCUGGUGAGAGAUGCUAGCAACAAUGCCGCACUGUUCAUCAAGAACCAGGCCCAGGAGACGGCAGGCCAGAUUCGAGAGUUUACCCAGCUGCACCAGUACCUGAAGGAGGAGGAGGAGACCAGGCUGGCGGCCCUGAAGCAGGAGGAGGGGAGGAAGACAGCAUCACUGGCUGAGAGGACGGCCCGUCUGAUCAGCGAGAUGGCCUCGCUCUCUGAGAAGAUCACUGACAUAGAGAACAGGAUGGAGACUGAUGCACUCUUUUUCCUAAAGAUCUACAAAGACAUUAAACUCAGGGCCCAGCAGAGCAUUACAGACCUGGAGCCUGUCUCUGGGUCUCUGAUUGAUGUGGCCCAACACCUGGGCAAUCUAAGGUUUAAGGUGUGGAAGAAGAUUCAGGAUAAAGUGACAUACACGCCUGUGACCUUGGACGUGAACACAGCUCACGCCGACCUGCUCAUCUCUGGGGGCCUUUUGGAAGUUAAAGAUGGACGGGUGUCCCGGGAGGUGCCUGAUAACGCUGAGCGCUUUGACAGUUCAGUCAGUGUGCUCGGUUCCCAAAGCUUCAGCUCUGGCACACACAGCUGGGAGGUGGAGGUGGGGCCUAAGAAGGCGUGGACUCUGGGUGUGGCCAAAGGGGGCGUGACCAGGAAGGGCAGUGUAACCGUCAGCCCGAAUGGUGGGAUUUGGGCGGUGGGCCUGUGGAACGGGACAGAGUUCAGUGCUGGGACAGCCCCUCUGGGAACCCCUUUGACCUUGAACAGAAAACCCCAGAAGGUCAGGGUUCAGCUAGACUAUGAGGGAGGCAAGGUGUCAUUCCACGAUUCCAGUGACAUGUCCCUAAUUUACACGUUUAAGGACAGCUUCAAGGAGAGGCUGUUCCCCUACUUUUCUCCCUGUCUGAACUCUGAUGGCAGCAACCCUGGUUCUCUGAAGAUCUGCCCUGAGAACGUGUGUGUCACUGUCACUCAAACAGCCCUCUCGAAGAAGACUAUUCAACCGUGAAGUGCACAGUACAGAGUGUACAGUCACACACAUCCCUAUGGUUUCUUCAGUGGUUAAGUGUUUGGCUGUCGUUUUGUUACACUACUUUGUGCGCAAUGUUAUGUUCCGUAAUUUCAACGUGAUUUUCAUCGACCCUCCCGAUUACCUUUCAAUAAAAAUGUGACGUUUUGUAAAUCCUCUG